AUGAGUUCAACAGGAUUUAUAUUUUAUUCUGACCAAGUGGUCACACUGUGCGCCGCGUUCGCUAAUAUCCCAAUACAGGAACACACUAUCUCCAGUUUGGAGGUCGAAUUGGAGGACUUAGAGCGUAGAUGGCGACGCUUGUUGGACGUCUAUGAGUCUGAGAUGACUUCGGAGACUUCAGUGAAGACGGAGCAGGAACGAAUAUCAACACAUUCGAAAUUCGGAAGCACGUGUAAGGCUUAUAAAGAGUGCAAGGCAUCUAUUAUGGACCUUCUUUUCAUAGAAAGACAGAAAUUGGCAAAAUCACAAGCAGUCGAAAAUAAAGGACAACAGGACGUAUUGCCUGACCAGUCUGCGUAUUCUUUAAAACUUCCACCUUGCGAUACGGAGAUAUUUAGCGGGGGAUAUGACAAGUGGCCUAGCUUUAGAGACAUGUUCUCUGCCAUUUACGGUAAUCACCCGAAAUUGUCACCCGCUCAAAGACUGUUCCAUCUGAGAGCGAAAACUCGUGGGGAGGCUAAUCAGAUUGUGAAGGGAUUUUCUCUUACCAAUUCCAACUAUGAGUUGGCCUGGAAAGCUUUAAAGGAAAGAUACGAAAAUAAGCGUAUUUUGAUCAAUCAUCAACUUAGAAAGAUCUUUGAUCUUGAAAUUGUUUCUUCUGAGAAAAGUAAGAGUCUACGAAGUCUUCAGUUUACCAUAAACAAUUGUUUGGCCAUUUUGAGGUCUUAUAAUGUGUCAACUAUUUCCUGGGAUCCCAUUUUGGUUUUUUGGGUUUCCACCAAAUUGCCACAAGAGACAUUAUCAGCUUGGGAGAGCUCGAUUCAGAAUCAUAAGGAGAUGCCAAGUUGGGAUAGACUCAACGAGUUUAUUUCAAACCGACUGGAUCUUUUGGAAUCAAUUAAUGAUGUCCGAAGACCGAGUUCGAAUACCCUAACGAACUCCCCAAAAUCACAAAAUUAUCUCGUCAAAUCAGAUACUACGUAUCGACCUUGUCGCAUUUGUCAAGAAAACCAUGCUUUACGGCAAUGUUCAGAAUUUAAGUCAAUGUCUCUCACGGAGAAAAGAAAAUUCAUUUCAGAUAACAAAGUAUGCGAGAAUUGCUUAUGGUACGGACAUACUGUUGCUAACUGUAGGAACAAGAAGUUGUGUCAGGAAUGUAAUAAGGCACAUCAUACGUUACUACAUCCAGAGGCUACCAACGCUAGACCUCAAUCUCAAGGAAACCGAAACGCCAACAAAAAUCCUUCUACUUUCCACCUUGCUACGCAAGAAGAAGAUGAACCAUGUUCAUCUCAUCAAACGAUGGAUGAAGUACAUCUGAACUUUUCGGAAUCCGGACAGGGAACAAUUCUUCCUACUGCAUUGAUUGACUUGGAAUACCUGGGAAACUGCUUUACGAUACGUGCAUUUCUAGAUCAGGGUUCUCAAGAAACAUUUAUAGCCAGCAGGAUAAUCACCCAAUUGGGCAUCCCGACAAGGAAAUCUUUUACAAAGAUAUCAGGUCUCGGGGGUGCAUUACUGGAAACCUCUUCAAGGGUAUGCAAUUUGAAAUUGAAGUCUAGGAAAACUAGCUUUGCUUUACAAACUACGGCAAUAGUUAUCUCGAAUCUAAACCAUCUCAUGCCAUCUUCAACACACCAAAUUGACGACUGGGAAGGAUUGGAUAAACUUGAGUUGGCGGAUCCAUUGUUUUAUAAAACUUCAAGAGUUGAUAUGCUAAUCGGAAGCGAUAUUCUUCCUUGCAUUUUAAAAAAUGGGGUUCAGAGGAACAUUUCCGGAAAUUUGUUGGCUCAGGAUUCGGAGUUUGGAUGGUAUAUAAGCGGUCCACAAAGUUCCAGAUGUAUAACAACAUUUGCUGCUUGGGCCAGUCACUCGACAAGCUCCCUCAAUGAUGAAGUGAGAAAAUUUUGGGAAAGUGAGGAGGUCCCGGAAGAGCCUCAAGAAUCGGAAGAGGAUAUGGAAUGCGAGAAAAUUUAUAUUAAAACUACUGUACGGCGAGAGGACGGAAGGUACGUGGUCCGUUUACCUUUUAAGAAAGAAUUUCCACAGGAAAUAUCGAUAGGGUCAUCACGAAGAUCGGCCUUGGGCCAAUUUUUUCGAAUGGAAAGAACUUUAUGGAAUUCUCCAGCUCUCUCCGAAGAAUAUACUCGAGUUCUUGAGGAAUAUAUUACGCUAGGUCAUAUGACCGCAGUCCCGGGAGACGAAUUAUGUGACAAUUACUCAUGUAGGUCAUUCUAUCUACCGCAUCAUGCGGUUGUAAAACCAGAGAGGACUUCGACGAAAGUGCGAGUCGUUUUUAAUGCCUCCAAGAAGACAAGUAAUGGUUUGUCACUCAAUGACGUACUGUAUACAGGGCCGACACUUCAAAAUGAUUUAAUGAACGUCAUUCUACGAUGGCGGUAUUUCCAAUACGUUUUUAAUGGCGAUAUUCAAAAAAUGUACCGUCAGAUAUUGAUCGAUGAACAGGAUCAACAAUAUCAGAGAUGCCUUUUCAGGAAAUCCCAGACCGAACCCGUACAAGACUUUGCACUUAAAACCGUAACGUUUGGGGUUAAUUGUGCACCGUACCUAGCCAUCAGAACUUUGUUACAGCUCAGUACAGAUUCAAAAGAUAGUCAUCCAGCUGCUUCCGAAAUACUUAGAAAUGAGAUAUAUGUGGAUGAUGUUUUGUCGGGUGGCCAUUCUAUAGAAGAAGCCAAACAUAACUUAGCGGAGCUUGUGGAUCUAUUGUCCUCCGCAGGAUUUCCUUUGAAAAAGAUAACUGCCAAUCAUUUUGACAUUUUACAAACCGUUUCACGAGAAGAUUUGUUAGAUGAAGAUUUUUUGAAAUUUGAAGAUUCCAGUGAAACAAAAACACUUGGAAUCCGAUGGAAUGCAAUGAUGGAUGCAUUUUACUACAAUGUCUACGACAUUAAAAUUCCUACCGAACACAUUACGAAGCGAUCAAUUCUUUCAAUCGUAGCCAAGCUGUUUGACCCUGCAGGUUGGUUAGCACCGAUAAUAAUAACAGCAAAAAUGCUUUUACAGCAACUUUGGAUCGACGGUACAGACUGGGACGAGAAGGUGAAACCACAAUCGCUAGAAAAAUGGUAUACAUUUAUAGGCAACUUUUCAGCUAUUCCAGAUAUCAGGAUACCUCGUUGGGUUGGAUAUACGCCAAGGAAGGCUAUUCAAAUACACGGAUUCUGCGAUGCAUCAGAAAAGGCGUAUUGCGCGUGUCUAUAUAUUCGAGUUUUGAUAUCUAAGAACGAAAUGUCCUCUCACCUACUGGUUUCAAAGAGCAAGGUUGCCCCAUUAAAGACAAUAAGUUUGCCGAGAUUGGAGCUUUGUGGAGCCGUUUUAUUGGCUCGUCUCUUAAAAUCGACAUGUGAGCAUUUGAGUUUUGAACCGCAAAAUAUCUUCUUAUGGUGUGAUUCUACGAUCACAUUAGCCUGGUUAAGUAAACCUGCUUAUCAAUGGAAAACCUAUGUCGCAAAUAGGGUGUCUAGAAUUAUAGAUCACGUCGGUAACGCGAGUUGGCUCCAUGUGAGUAGUGGUGACAAUCCUGCUGAUUUGGGAACUCGAGGUUGCACUGCACUAGAGCUUAAGGAGAAUAAGCUUUGGUGGCAGGGUCCUGAAUGGCUUAUAAAGGAUAUGUCCACUUGGCCACAACAACCAGUAGUACCACAACACAGUUUAGAGAAGAAAACGAAUAUAUUUCAAACCCUCACAAAGCAGGAGGAUAUUUUGGAAAGAUUCUCUUCAUACAGUCGAGCCCUACGGGUUUUAGCUCACAUGUUUCGAUUUAUCCGGAGGUGUCGAAAACAAGUAUAUUUCACAAGCUCGAGUGAACUGAUCACGUCAGAAGAAAUUAGUUUCGUUAAAUACCGUGCUGUUAUGAUUGCACAACGUGCAUAUUUUCCAGCGGAAUAUAAUUGUUUGACAUCAGAUUUACCGAUUAAUACAAAGAGCAGAUUGUUGACGUUAAAUCCAUUCUUGGACAAAGGUGGACUUUUACGAGUCAACGGAAGAUUAUCAAAUGCAGAUCUAAGUUUCAAUGAGAGGCACCCUAUCAUACUUCCUGAGAAAUCUAGGUUUUGUAAAUUGCUGGUUGACUUUACGCAUAAGAUACUAAUGCAUGCCGAGCAUCAAAGUAUGCUGCGAUCUAUACGUCAAGAAUUCUAUGUUAUCCGUCUAAAGAACGCAGUAAGACAUUGUAUAAGAACAUGUAAAAUAUGCACGAUAUAUAAGCAUAGGGUUCAUAGCCAAAUUAUGGCGGCUCUACCUCCGGAAAGAUGUGUAUUUUCACCUCCCUUUACGAAUACGGGCGUAGAUUUCGCAGGACCGUUUGAGAUCAAGACGUCCAAAUUGCGAAAUGCUAAAUUGGUGAAAGGAUAUGCAGUGAUUUUUGUUUGCUUGGCCACGCGAGCCAUACACUUGGAGACGUGUUCUGCCCUCUCUUCUGAGGCAUUUUUAGCCGCGUUUGACCGCUUUGUUGGUAGAAGGGGUUAUCCAGCAAAAGUUUUUUCUGACAAUGGCACAAAUUUCGUUGGUGCAAAUCGUAUACUUAGGAAUGAAUACAAAAGUUUCUUGAAAACUGCGGAGAAAGACUUAGUAGAUAAGUACAAUAUUCACGGGUUUUCCUGGCAUUUUAUUCCCCCCCAGGCACCCCAUAUGGGUGGAUUGUGGGAAGCGGGGGUGAAAAGCGUAAAAACACAUUUGAAGAAAGUGGCGGGAAAUUUAAAGUUUACUUUUGAGGAGUUUUCUACUCUGUUGAUACGAAUUGAAGGCAUUCUGAACUCACGACCCAUUUCUUCUAUGAGUGAAACCCCUUCCGAAUUGUUGGCAUUGACACCAGGGCACUUCUUGAAAGGAUCCCCUUUAGUUGCAAUUCCGGAGGAACAUACCGACAACAUUUCCUUAAUUAAUCGAUGGCAACGCCUUAAAGUUUUACAACUUCACUUUGCCAAACGUUGGAAGAAUGAGUAUAUUUCGGAGUUACAGAAGAGAUAUAAAUGGAAGACUGCGCAAUCGAAUUUAAAUGAGCACGACCUGGUUGUUAUUAGGGACGAUGAUUUACCGCCGACAGAAUGGAGACUAGGGCGUGUGGUCAGAGUAUAUAUUGGGAAGGAUUUAAAGGUUCGGGUGGCGGACGUACGCACCCAAAACGGAAUUGUGACUCGUCCACUAGUUAAACUCUGCAUUUUGCCAAAAAAUCAAUAA